AUGCAUGCCUAUUUUUGGUUGAUUUUGAGCAGGAUCGAGAAGUACCGCCCUACAACAUUCAGUGACAUUGUGGGAAAUCAAGAAACUGUGAGCCGCCUUGCUGUGUUUUCCGAGACUGGCAAUGUUCCUAAUAUCAUCAUUGCUGGUCCACCAGGUGUGGGGAAGACAACCACAAUCCUCUGCCUGGCCCGAGCCUUGUUAGGUCCUUCUUUUCGAGAAGCUGUCCUGGAACUCAAUGCCUCAAAUGACAGGGGUAUUGAUGUUGUGAGAAACAAAAUUAAGAUGUUUGCACAGCAAAAAGUCUCGCUGCCAAAGGGCCGACAUAAGAUCAUUAUCUUGGAUGAGGCUGACAGCAUGACAGAUGGUGCCCAACAGGCAUUGCGACGUACCAUGGAAAUCUACAGUAAGACUACUCGUUUUGCACUGGCAUGCAACACAAGCGAGAAGAUCAUUGAACCGAUCCAGUCUCGCUGUGCUAUGCUUCGCUACAGCAAACUCACAGAUGCCCAGAUUGCUGACAAACUGGUUGAAGUCUGCAAAAAGGAAAAUGUUGAUUAUGUAGAUGAAGGCCUGGAGGCAAUUGUGUUCACUGCUCAAGGGGACAUGAGACACGCUUUAAAUAAUCUACAGGCAACAUAUGAGGGUUUCCACUUUGUGAAUAGUGAAAAUGUGUUCAAAGUGUGUGACGAGCCUCACCCCCUGUUGAUUAAGGAUAUGCUUCAGCAUUGUGUAUCUUCAGAUAUUGAUGAGGCAUACAAGAUCCUGUCUCAUCUGUGGAAACUUGGAUACUCAACUGAAGACAUCAUCACCAACAUUUUCAGAGUGUGUAAAACCCUGCAAAUGGCUGAAUACCUCAAGCUGGAAUAUCUGAAAGAGAUCGGGAUGUGUCACAUGAAUAUUUUGAAGGGGAAUCAAACCCUCCUCCAGCUUUCCGGUCUGCUGGCCAGACUUUGCGAGAAAACCCUUCCACGAAAGGAUUCCAAAUCAUGAUGGAUCAUUCCAUGUUUUCUCUUGAAGUGGUCGCUUUUAAAAGUGAAGCAUGUCUUUCUCAAUAAAUAGGAAAAACCCAA